UAACGCAAAUCGGUAGCAAGACUGUAGCGAGAGAUUGAGCGUGUGUUAUCCUCUGGCAGCGAAAUAGCAGCAGUGCAGCGAAAGUGUACGUCAACAUGGUGAAGUUGCUGGCCUUAAUUGGCAUCCUCGCGCUGACGGUGGCAACAGCCACGGCCGAAGUGCGAAUCAAGCGACAGGCGGAAGAAACGACCAAGAAGGAAGAGUCAUUCGAGAAGGAGCUUUGCAAAGACAAAGAUGCCGGUGAAUGGUUCCGGCUGGUAGCGGGCGAAGGCGAUAACUGUCGCGACGUCAUCCAGUGCACAUCGUCGGUAAGCAGCGGUCUGCAAGCCAUCCGAUGCCCGGCCGGUUUGUACUUCGACAUCGAGAAGCAGACCUGCGACUGGAAGGAUGCGGUAAAGAACUGUAAAUUCAAGAACAAGGAGCGCAAAGUGAAACCGCUGCUGAUCACCGACGAGCCGCUCUGCCAGGACGGGUUCCUUGCCUGCGGUGACGGUAACUGCAUCGAGCGCGGGCUCUUCUGCAACGGCGAGAAGGACUGUACCGACGGUUCGGACGAGAACUCCUGCGAUAUCGAGAACGAUCCGAACCGUGCGCCACCGUGCGAUGAGUCGGUGUGCCAGCUGCCCGAUUGCUUCUGCUCCGAGGAUGGUACGACCAUCCCCGGCAGUCUGCCCGCCAAGGAUGUGCCGAUGAUGAUCACCAUCACCUUCGACGACGCGAUCAACAACAACAACAUCGAUCUGUACAAGGAGAUCUUCAACGGCAAGCGCAAGAACCCGAACGGUUGCGACAUCAAGGCGACGUACUUUGUCUCGCAUAAGUACACCAACUACUCCGCUGUGCAGGAGACACACCGCAAGGGUCACGAAAUUGCGGUCCACUCGAUCACUCACAACGAUGAGGAACGCUUCUGGUCUAACGCCACCGUGGACGACUGGGCAAAGGAGAUGGCCGGCAUGAGAAUCAUCAUCGAGAAGUACGCCAACAUCACGGACAACUCGGUGGUGGGUGUGCGUGCACCGUACCUGCGCGUCGGUGGCAACAACCAGUUCACCAUGAUGGAGGAGCAGGCGUUCCUGUACGACUCCACCAUCACUGCGCCACUCUCGAACCCACCGCUCUGGCCGUACACGAUGUACUUCCGCAUGCCGCACCGGUGCCACGGUAAUCUGCAAAGCUGCCCGACCCGCUCGCACGCCGUCUGGGAGAUGGUGAUGAACGAGCUCGACCGCCGGGAGGAUCCGACCAACGACGAGUACCUGCCCGGUUGCGCCAUGGUGGACUCCUGCUCGAACAUUCUCACCGGUGACCAGUUCUACAACUUCCUCAACCACAACUUCGACCGGCACUACGACCAGAACCGUGCCCCGCUCGGGCUGUACUUCCACGCUGCCUGGUUGAAGAACAACCCGGAGUUCCUGGACGCGUUCCUGUACUGGAUUGACGAGGUGCUCUCGAACCACAAUGAUGUGUACUUCGUCACCAUGACCCAGGUGAUCCAGUGGAUCCAGAACCCGAGAACGACCAACGAAGUGAAGAACUUCGAGCCGUGGAGGGAGAAGUGCGUCGUCGAGGGACAGCCUGCCUGCUGGGUGCCCCAUUCCUGCAAGCUCACCUCCAAGGAGGUACCCGGGGAAACGAUCAAUCUGCAGACCUGUGUCCGCUGUCCCAACAACUACCCGUGGGUGAAUGAUCCCACCGGUGAUGGUUUCUUCUAAGUUAUCGUGCUUUGCUUUGCAACUCUACUCCUUUUCUCGAUACUUUUAACGCUUUUUUUACGUUAUACGUUACGUUACGUUACGUUACGUAACUAUACGUUACGUGACACGUUCUCUUAGGAGGAUGACGAUCGUGGACAUCCAUUUUUAGCAUCCUUCAUGCAAUGUCUCGUCCUUGUGACUUGAUAUUUUCUAUUUUACAAGAAGCUCCAGCCAAUUCUUGAUCAUUUGCAUCUCGUCCUUGUGGCGUUGCUCCUCUCGAACUUUUGUCCCUUCCCGGGUAGCUACUGGGUAGGAGUUUCCUUCAUCCUACCUGGGUCUCUCCUCAACGUCUAGUCUCGCGCCUCGUAGCCACUGCAAGCAUUGCCGAUGGCCAUCCACGAGACUACCAUACAAUCCAGCUCCCGGGAUGGAAGAUGUCAUUCCUCCUAAAAAACGGAAUACAAAAACAAAACAUACACACACCCACACACACAUAAAGAAGAGUAGAAAGAAAACAACGAAUGCUGUGGAUAUUACAAUUAUGUAUUUUUUUUGUCGUUUAUAACUUAAUUUAAUACAACACAAAUGAAAAAUUGAAAAAAAAAGUAUUGAACAAUCAAACGAAACAACAACAAGAA